CGUCUGAAUGGAAAACGUGCCCAAAAAAUGGAAGUUGAGACUGAGUGAAUAUCCACAGUUGUGUUUCGUGUGUAAGACGUCCAUGCAGUGACUGUGUGAGUUAAACGGGCAGAAAUGGGAGGCAGUAACAGCACGCGCCGCGUGUCUUUCGAGAGCGAUGAGGACGAUAACGUGACAGUGGUGAAGGGCGUCAGGCUCUCAGAGAACGUCAUCAAUCGCAUGCGAGAGCCUUCGAAACCACCAUCCAGAUCUUCUCCUCUAUCUGAAGCGCCGUCCAAGCCGACUGCGUCUCCACCCUUAUCACCCGCAGCUGACCUUGGCACCCCCCUGAAUGACCCUGCUACUACCCCGGCUGAUCCUGCUGCCCCCGCUGCUCCUUCCUCUCCCUCGCUGCCUUCUCCUGCUUUAGAGGAAUCUAUGACUCCUCCUACAUCAGUGGAUGAGUCAGAGCUGAGACGGAAGAUCACUGAAGAGGUGAAGAAAGGUCUGGAAGAAGAGAGAAGCAAGACGCAAUACGAGCUCCAUCAGUGGUUGGAGAAGGAGCGAGCCCGGGUGAAGGCUCAGGCUCGCUCAGAAGUUCAGGCCCACGUUCAAGGCGAGGUGAGCAGAAUCCUGGCCUCGGAGAGAGCGGCCGCUCUGGACAGCGCGCAGAAAGCCGUGCUGAGCGAGAGGCUCACCGCAGAGGAGGAACGACUCCGCACCAAGCUCUUAGCAAAGCAGCUGGAGGAAAGAGAUCAGCAGCUGAGGAAGCAGGACGCUUUCUACAGAGAACAACUGAACAAACUAGAGGAACGGAGCACCCAGUUUUACAAGGUCACCAAUGGGAACUAUCACAAAGCAGCAGAUGAGGUGAACGCUAAAUUUAGGCGCUACGAGAUCAGUCCUGUGUGUGCCGACCUGCAGGAGCAGAUCCUGAAGUGCUACAGGGAAAACGCUGGGAAAACACUCCUCUGCUCCAAUAUCGCUUCUCUCUACAUGCAGUGUGUCAACGGCGCUAAACAGAAGAAGUUGCGGACCGGAGGCUAAGCUCUCUGAGGAACGCAGGAGGAGCAGCCGCGAUGUUGUGUGGCGUCACCUCGCCUUUAAAAAGCGAAAGAUUGUAAAGAAGAGCAGAGACCAUAGAGCACCGUACAGAUACACACCCGGCUCUGAGGAACACAAUGGAAAUCUGCAGCCACUGGAGACAUGGGAACCACUUUGUCGUCUUCUUCUUCUCUCUCUCUCUCUCUCUCUCUCUCUCUCUCUCUCUCUCUCUCUCUCUCUCUCUCUCUGUAUACUUCUCUCCUUUCUAACACAUCCAGAUUAGACAGUUUAACAGGUAUGAGACCCAGCAGCAGAUAGGUGAUGUGUAAUAUAAUGUGUCAAACACUAGAAAACCAAAAUGAGUGCCUCAGGGGAAUAAAACAGCCUUAAAUCAGCAAAUCACCAAAUUCAGCAGCAGUUUGACAGGGUGUCAGAGUCAAAUUUCAGUUAGUGUGAAAGCUGGAAGCUGUUUCGGUGUAAACACCGUUAUCGUUGAAUUACACUAAAACCUCAUAUCGAUUUCUGCUUCGUUUGAAUCGUAACGUAAAGCAAACGUUUUGGCAACCCAUAGACUAAACUACUCCUCAUGUAAUCAGUUAAGUUAGUACAUUUCUCUUCAGGCUGGACCCGGUCUCUCUGUGUGUGUGUGUGUGUGUGUGUGUAUUUGUAAGUGUGUGUGUGUAUUUGUAAGUGUGUGUGUGUGUAUUUGUAAGUGUGUGUGUGUGUGUGUGUACAGAGCUGAUUUUUGUUUCUGCUUUAUUUUUGCUUUUUAUCCGCACAAAGACCUGUCGGGUAGAAUAAAAGGCUCAAACUGCAAACCUGAA